CUCAGCUGUUUCCCCAGCUGUCAUGGAGCCGGCAGUGACGCUGCCAGCGUCGGGAUGGCUUUGGUUGGGGGCAGUGCCUUGUUUUCCAUGGAGGAAAUGACGUGUUUGUUGACGCAGCAGAUCUCCAGAAUACCGAUUUCUGUGAGGAGCACCAAACAGAUCAAAUUAAUAGAAACACAUGGACCAUUAAGUCUUCCAAAAAUGAGCAAAUUCAUACCUUUCUACUGGAACCCAGAGUGUCUUGAAAAAGAGAGAAGAAUCCAAUGUUGGACUGUCUUAGACCUUACGCUCAGUGCAGCUUCAGAGAGCAGUUUGGUUUAUCUAACCUGAAGUGGAAGCAUAUGGACAACAAGCCAAGAGGACAUGGGCUUUCAGUGCACUUGGAAAAAUGAUCCGGCAUCAGAACUGGUGCUGGGGCCAUUUGUUGCAUCUGAAUUGUGUAUCAUUAGUUCUCUAAGCACCGCAUCGUACUACCUGUUUCAUGCACAUGCACGGCACCAUGGCCAGUCCUCAGGAGCACCUGAGCUGGCCUUCCUCUACAAACUUGAUCAACAAAACUUUCAGUGAAGACAAAGACUUCAGUGGGAUACAUGGUGAUCAUGCACCCACCGGAAACCAUCCUUCACCUGAGAUCAUAGAGGAUGUGCGAGAGAAGGGCUUACUUCAGGCAGAUCUAAUAGAAAAUGUGGGCAGUCCAGUCACCACAGCGGUGUUGACCAGCGUCAGCGAGGACUCUAGAGACCAGUUUGAGAACAGUGUGCUGCAGUUGAGAGAACAGGAUGAAGCUGAAACAGUUGUGCCCCAGGACCACAGUAACACGAUGGAUGGAGAGAAUAACAGUGGGACAGAUGACAUUAAAAUCCAGUUCAGCAGAUCCGGGAGUGGGAGCAGUGGGUUUCUUGAGGGACUUUUUGGCUGUUUGAGGCCAGUAUGGAACAUCAUAGGGAAAGCAUACUCCACGGACUAUAAACUGCAGCAACAAGAUACCUGGGAAGUUCCAUUUGAGGAGAUCUCAGAGCUGCAGUGGCUGGGCAGUGGAGCACAAGGAGCUGUCUUCUUAGGCAAAUUCCGAGCGGAGGAGGUGGCAAUCAAGAAAGUGAGAGAACAAAAUGAAACAGACAUCAAGCACUUGCGGAAGCUGAAGCAUCCUAACAUCAUCGCCUUCAAGGGAGUUUGCACUCAAGCCCCAUGUUACUGUAUUAUCAUGGAGUACUGCGCACAUGGACAGCUCUAUGAAGUGCUACGAGCGGGUCGGAAAGUCACACCUCAGCUGCUUGUGGACUGGUCCACAGGGAUCGCAAGUGGAAUGAAUUAUUUACACCUUCAUAAAAUCAUCCACCGAGACCUCAAGUCACCAAAUGUAUUAGUCACUCAUACAGAUGCAGUAAAAAUUUCAGAUUUUGGUACAUCUAAAGAACUCAGUGAUAAAAGUACAAAAAUGUCCUUUGCGGGCACCGUGGCUUGGAUGGCCCCAGAGGUGAUACGGAAUGAGCCCGUCUCUGAAAAAGUGGAUAUCUGGUCGUUUGGGGUAGUUUUGUGGGAGCUGCUUACAGGAGAGAUUCCAUACAAGGAUGUAGACUCCUCAGCUAUCAUCUGGGGAGUGGGAAGUAACAGCCUGCACCUUCCUGUCCCUUCCACCUGUCCAGAUGGGUUCAAAAUCCUAAUGAAGCAAACAUGGCAGAGCAAGCCCCGGAACCGUCCCUCUUUCCGACAGACGCUGAUGCACCUAGACAUUGCAUCUGCUGACGUUCUUGGCACCCCUCAGGAGACUUAUUUCAAAUCCCAGGCUGAAUGGAGAGAAGAAGUAAAGAAGCACUUUGAGAAAAUUAAGAGUGAAGGAACUUGCAUACACCGGCUAGAUGAAGAGCUAAUUCGUCGCCGAAGAGAAGAGCUCAGGCACGCAUUAGAUAUCCGUGAACAUUACGAGAGGAAGCUAGAGCGAGCCAAUAACUUGUACAUGGAGCUCAGCGCCAUCAUGCUGCAGCUGGAGGUCCGCGAGAAGGAGCUCAUUAAACGGGAACAAGCGGUGGAAAAGAAAUAUCCUGGGACUUACAAGCGUCAUCCAGUCAGACCAAUAAUCCACCCCAUUGCGGUAGAGAAGCUGAUGAAGAGGAAGGGGGUCUCUCAUAAGCCAGGGAGUCAGACGAAACGGCCAGACCUGCUGAAAUCAGAGGGCAUAUCCAGUGCGGAGGUGGCACCCAAUGGCUCACCAGUCUCAGGAAGUCCCAAAAUGUCAACACUCAGUAACAAAGGCCGAUACCGCUGCAAACCACGUCACCGACGAGGGAACAGCAAAGGCAGCUAUAAUGAAUUUGCAGGGAUCUUGAAAAAUCAGCCAGCACACGACAAUUCACCCCAGCCACCUCCUCCUCCUCAUCAUCCUCAUUCUCAUCUUUCCAGCCUACAGCAGCACCAGCAGCAUAGCCACCCCCAUUACCAUGGCCAUCACCCCAGGCUAAACAUCCAGGGGCAAGACAUCGCAAACUGUGCGAACAACCUGAGGUACUUUGGCCCUGCAGCAGCCCUGCGGAGCCCCCUCAGUAAUCAUGCCCAAAGGCGGAUGUCCGGCUCCAGCCCCGAUCUCAUCUCUACUGCUAUGGAAGCAGAUUGUCGGAGGAAUCUGGAGAAUGAGGAACACAAGGUUGAUCACUGGCAGUGUUGUAAAGCAGACCCACACAACCCGUGUCCUCAGUGCAGGCAGGCGAACGGUGGUCAGAAACAGAUGCCGUCCAUUGAACCAGGGAUGAACCACCCUGAAUCAACAACGAGUGGUCCCUUGUAUGAAAAGGCCCAGCUUCCUGAAAAGAUGGAGGAGGAGGACUUCAACAGCUGCAAGUCAAUGUCAUUGCUAGGCACCCCUCAACACCAGGCUGCCCCAGUGCUACCUUGCAAACCCAGACCUAUUCAAAAGAGUGGUGAUGACUCUUCAGAACAGGAAGAAGGAGAAGUGGACAGUGAAGUGGAGUUCCCACGGAGACAGAGGCCUCACCGCUGCAUUAGUAGCUGCCAGUCCUACUCAACCUUCAGCUCUGAGAACUUCUCUGUGUCCGAUGGAGAGGAGGGGAACACCAGCGACCACUCAAACAGCCCAGAUGAGCUGGCCAACAGGCUGGAAGACCAGCUGACUGAGAAGCUAGAGGACAUGCUGUCCCAGACUCCGGAAAUCCCCAUCGAGAUCUCCACUCAGUCUGAUGGUCUGUCAGACAAAGAGUGCGCCGUGCGCAGGGUGAAGACACAGAUGUCAUUGGGCAAGCUCUGUGCAGAUGAACACAGCUGUGAGAACCAGGCACAGUUUGGAGAAUCGGAUUGUGACUCUUCCGAGGGGGAGUGUUCUGAUGCAACCGUCAGGACCAAUAAGCCCUGCAGUUCUGCUACUUGGUAAUGACAAAUUCCCCACGAAAGCCCUCCUGAUACUGGCAUUUGGAUUCCCCAAGACUCCCUUCAUUUCCCCCACCCCCUCAUACUUUGACAGGAAGAGAAACUGAUUCUCCUUCCCAUCUCAGAAAUGAUCUGCAAUAACUUGAAUCUCUGGAAAAAUGUCCAAAUGAAAUUAAUUCUCACUGAGCAUUUCAAUCAAGAAUGGCAGGGAUGUAUUUUAUUGAAUAAUCUAGCUACUGUAACAUUGAUAUUUAUUUUUUUUUUUACAUUUUAACACUUUUUACUGUAAAGAGUGGACUAUAUAUCAAGAGAGACGAUAAUUUGUUGCAAAAAAAGUUAAGAAAGCAAGCAAAUGAAAGAGACACAUCCUUGUGAGUCUUAUAUAAAUAGCAUGACGGACACAUCAGGAUCUACUGCUGCUCUCCCAGGGGACCAGGCCUCAUGGCCCUAAAGGUUGGAGAAUAGAUAGAGAAACAAACCAAUCAGUCUUAUCAAAUGAAGAAGCAUAAGAGAAACUUUGCUCAAAGGUAACCUAUGAACAAAUGGCAUUCAGUAUAACCAGCUGGGUCACUUUUAAUCAGAAAGUGGACAUGUUCCUGGAGAAAUUUGGUACCAAGGUGCUUACAUCCAGGGUCUUCUGAAUCAAUACAUUCCCCCAGGAGUAUGAUAAUGGGGGUUAAUUUAUGGGGUUUUGGUUUAUUUUUUAAUCAGCAUUUUGUUGUGAGAUCCUGCAGAUGUAUUCUAACCUCAUUCUCUCUCAAGACUUGGUAUAACAGCACUUUUUACCAUCACCAAUCAUCUUCACUAUGGCAGACAAUACAAUGUGAAUUUCCAGCUGAGCAGAGAAAGAUCUUUCAGCUGCAGAGUGCCAUUUUCCCACAGUUUACUUCCUCUCCUUACUUCCCAUUCGCCCAUUUGUUUCCUUCAAUAAAAAAAAAAUCAAAUCAGUGCUGGAAACACAAGAAGCAUGGAAAGCACAUUCUGCAAAGCCGGAGAACUAGUCUGGGGAGGAAACCGGAGACACCUGUACUGAACCUUCAGAGGCAACCUCCCACCUACCACAACAUCACACAACUGGCCAGCGCCAAGGGAGAGAGCUGUGUAUUGGGAGCAAACCAGGGAAUACAUUGGCCUGGACAACAGUAUCAACCCUCCCUUUGUUCUGUUUAUUAAUGAUUUGGUUUUGGAAGCAUUAACAGCUUGCCUGCCCUUCAUGUCAGGCUUGGUGUAAAACAGAAAGCAAAAUUUGGACUCAGUUACCUAAGGGGGGUGGGGGUGGGAGAGGAGAGAGCGCGUGAUUUUGGUUGUGGGUGUGUUUUAUGUGGGGGACCUCAAAGAGUGUAUCCCACUCCUUUAAAUUCCAGCCUGGAGGAGAAACUGAUGCAUUCUGGGGGUAUCUGAAAGGCAGAGGCACUGACAUUUGAGUGACCAGCCUAGCACUCCCAGGGGCCUCACUGGCCCUUCCGUUCGGAAACAAACAGCUCCUUUUAACUGACACACAGAACAAAGAUUUUAGUCCGUUUCUCAGUUAUUUUCCCUCUGGAACAAUUUCAGCUCUGCCUCAAGAGACCUGGGAAAGGCAGCUGCUCUUCCUCAUGGUCUGGCUAGCAUGGCUAGAGCAGUGUGUCCUGGGAAAAUCAGCCCUCUUAUAGAAGCCAUGCACGAGCCUCAGAUGACUGGCAGGAAUGGACCGUAGGCAGGUUCUUCUGUUUGUUUACAUUUUAUGUUAAAAUGUUGUUUUGAACGUAGCCUUGAUAAUUUAUAGCCUAGUGGCAAGAAUGAAGGGAAAUGUUUUGCUUAUACAAAGAGCAGUAUUGUAUGAGUUAAAUUAUUCUAUAUUUUAAAUUUUUGUAGCUGGACUACAUGUAGAUCUUAAGUUAUUACAUUUUAUUUAUUAACUUUUCUGUAGAUCAGAAGGUUGGCUUUACUGCUAGCACAAUUGUUCUCUCUUCAUGUGAUGUUAUUUCCUCCUUGUGCAUCAUAGAAGGAUGGGAGCAGAGCUGGUUUCAGGGGCUGUCAGUAUUUGCUCCCCUGCUGUGACCUUGCUGGUGCCAUGCAGAGCACAGUCAUUCUGGAGGCUGUGUCAGUCUGGGCUGGCCUGCAAGGCGAAGGAGGAGAUACUCAGUUUCAUGGGCUUUAGAGAUCUUCCACAUGGGUGAAACUGUGCAGUUUGAGUUUGCUCCUGAUUAACGGAGGGACAGCAGGAUGUGAGUGUUUGGGGCGGGGAGAUGGAGUGAGGGGAAAGGGUUGGACAGGAGCGAGUGCUUUAUAGUGAGAAAUAAGCAAAAAGUUUUGAGCGAGCCUCUCUGGAGAGGCAUUCUGGGCUGCUAGUACAGAGCAGGGCAUCAGUUCUAGUGGUAGUGCUACAGUGGAGGUCCCAAAUGCUCGCAUAAAACAGCUAGAUAAAGGAGGAGAGAGGACCAUCAGCCACACCGUAGAAAUUGAAGGCAGGGGCCAGAUUGACGACCACAAAUGCAGGGGGACCCAAAUUCAGUGUGCCAGGGAUGGGGAGGUUCACCCCAAAAUGGAGUGCUGAUGCCUGGCCCUGUAGAGAGCUUUAAGCUCCAGCAGAGGCUGUGCUGCUAAGGGUGAUCUGGACUGUGAUGUGCAGAGAGGGCACCCAUGUGCCAAGCCAGCUCUGCUCACCUGAGAUGUCAAGUGUUUUCUUAAGAGAGCGCUCAUUUCCCAAGGCAGUCGUAGAGCAUAGGCAAGAAGGGACUGUCUGACCUCAUGCUGUAGACUCCCAGAGCCCUGAGUUAGGUGCUUCAACUCCAUAUCAAUCAGAACCUGCCUGAGAAGGCAUGAAGGAUUUCCUGGUGCCCACAGGAGUUGUUUUGCCAGCACGCAGAGAUAGUGGUAGCCCCUAGUGAGUGACAUGAGGGAGUUCUCUGAAAGUUCUUAGACUUACAGUAGCACCUGCUAACAUAUACUGAGACACACGUGAGUUUGUGGCCCUACCUGCUUUCUGUACUGUAUACCUCUUUACGCUUCUUCAUGGCCUUGCCUUCAACCACAUCGCUCAGCUCCACUGUCUGUCACAGUCACUCCUCACUCUCGUGGAGAGGCAGUACAAAAUCAUCCCCUUUGGUGUGAGCACUCUCUGCCCUAGCAUUGGUCUGCUGCCCCUGUUCAUACUCAGAGGCACUUCCCCCAUUACCUGCUGGCAGGUAUCUGAAAUCCUCCCAACAGCUAGUGCCUCCCUCAGGACUCCUGCUAGUGUUAUUGCUCCUUGUCCACUGGUAGCAUGUGGACAGCAGCUAUGCUGUAGGAGGUGCCGGGCUCUCCUGGGUCAUAACUGGACCUUGGUGUGCACUGUGCGAUAGCUCAGGCAGCCCCUGAGUGCACCUGUGCUUGUCUCCAUCCCAGAAGGUUCAACAUGGUCUAGUUUUGCAUCUGCCCUUAGUUGAAGGCACGCACACUUUUCCCAGCAAAGAAUAUGCCAUGCAAGUGAGGAUGUCCUGGCACUGAAGCCCCUGGCCUACAUCCCACACACACUCAUGGCAGCUUCCUUCUAACGUUCCAAACCUCUACACACCCUGAAACAACAGGUAAUUAAAAAGGAAAAACCUACCAGAGCCAAUCACCCCCAAUGUUACUGGGCCAAGGAUCAAAGCAGGCAGUGGUCAGGUGUAGGUCAGAAGCAAUUUUAAGGUCCAAGAUCUUGUCAUCAGAGCUAAACGCAGAAGCCGUGAAGCCCUGGGAUCUGGAUAUUUCAGUUCUUGCUUCUGUCCCGAGAUAUCGGGCCUCAAACAUGCCACACUAUGGCACAUAGAACAGCUAUUACUUGUGGAAGUUUCCAACCUAUUAUUUAGUCCCCGUCAGACUAGAUGACCUUAUGACCCUAUCCAGCCUUGAACUAUGAUCGUUUCUGGGCUCCCCUUGCUCAGGGUGCUGCACACUCGGAUUUACGUCACUCAGGCAGGCUGCCUUUCCAGGCCAAGGGAUGGAGUAACAGCCUGAGCUGUUUUUAAAAACUCCUUGAAACAUCAGUGAAACAGUUUGCUCUGUAAACCAUGUCUUAUUCAGCAUAGGAUGCUGCAGGGCAUUCAGGGGGUUGUUUUGGGGUGCUGGCUUUGCCACUCAUGAAAAGUGCUGCUAUAACUGAUAGCACAUCCCAUUGCCAUUGUCCCUCCAUAAGGGCAGUGCCUCACACAUCGCUGUAUGUCUGAUUUUUUGUAAAUAGUGUGCAGAGGGUGAAAACCAAACCAAGGUAUAGGAGUAGGAUAGAAGUCCUAGGGCUACAAGUGCUGGCGCUCCUGAGGAAUGCAAGGUACCAUAUUUCUGAAUGGGGGUUGAGUUUAUGCAGGUAUUCAAGGAACAAGGUAGCCUGAGGAGUACUGUAGUAAGGAUCAUAAUCUGACCCGUGACAUGAAUAAAAUCCAUGUAGCUGUGCCAGUGUUGGUGCAGUCUGAUGUGCCAAGGUAGGAAGGAGCAGGCCGGGUUUUGUAUUUCCGGGCAAUAGCUCUGUAACAUCUGCAAAGGAUUGUGUCCAUUUGUAUUGCAAAGUCUAGACUUCAUUCUCUGGUUAGACUAUAGCUCUUAGGAAGGUGAGAACUAGAGGCCAAGGCUGUAAGCCCAGUGUAACCUCACCGAAGCAUGUUGACUUACUGUGGAUUUACACGGGUGGAGCUGAGCGCAGAAGGUGCUGCUGUCUGGCUUGAGUGCAGAGUUUGCAUGAGGGGAUUACAAAGGGUGAGCUGCAGGUGGAAGCGCUAGUAACGGUGCCGUUCAGCCUGGGCCAAGGGCAGGCUCGAAAUGCCAAGAGAACAGCCCCCUGGGUAGACAGGCUACUUCAUUUUCUUUUCUUCCCUAUAAACUCUCCUCCCCAGGAGAAGGGUGAGUUGUGGGCUCACUGCCCACUCCUCCCCCAGCAUGGCUUCUGACAGCUCCUCAACACCAGCCUGCCUUCUGGCGUUUAUGGUUAAUGUUGUUUUUCCCACUGUGUGUUAAAAGUGACCAUUUCAUCUCAGCCCUUCCCAGUGUCUCUCAUCUCCCUUUCUCUCCUCCUUGCGCUGUGGCUUCCUGAUACAAACUUGAUUUCUGUACUGAACAGUGUACAGUGAUGGGAACAAGAAUGAGUGUCAAAGCAAACAAAUGCAUGGAAUAAAAAGCCAGUGUACUUCA